AUGGCAGUACAAGUCCAUCCACUCUCCCGCAAUAUCAUCUCGUCUGCAGUCUGCCUUGAUGGAUUCUCAUGGAUGGACGACAAACGGCUAUUCGUACUCCUUGCCAAAUUCGACGACCGCAAAUCCAUGUUAUUGUGCAGUUCUUGGUCGUCCUAUAAUCUUAUGAUGGCGUGCACUAUAUGUCAAGGCAGUAAUGAUUCUGCUAUCUGGGAAUAUUUCCCUUCUGGAUAUGUACCUGCCGGAAAUGCUUCCAUACCUUACUGGGCUACUACUGAUCCGACAACAUGGACAUCUGCGACUUUCAAUAUCAUGGAUGCAAACGCUACUUAUCAGAAGAAUUCUUCUAGUAUCACCCUGGGCGCCUCACCAUCAUCUAGCGAUUCAAGUUCAAGCUCAAAAUCAACUGACAUGGGUGCGAUAGUCGGCGGUACCAUCGGAGGUGCAGCCGCACUCUUAUUUCUCGCCAUUGCCGCGUAUCUGCUGUAUAGACGCCACGUAUACAGGGAAGGAGUUCAUGCCUUUGCUAUCAACCGACAAGGGACGACCUUUAUGUCAUCGUCAGGCACACAUAACCGUAUCCCGUCCGACUACAUCCAACUUCGCUCCAUCAAUGUCAGGCCCUCUUGCAUUGUACGAGCAGCCCGUAUCUCCAUUGCAGCGGCAUGA